AAUCUUAUAAAUAGCACUAAGCUCAUCCCUGUUAAAAGCAGGAGGAUAUUUUAGGUGUUUUCCAACAGACUGGAGUUUUCAUCGAAUAUAUUAAAAACAUGUCAAAUUUUGAGCAGUUUCACUGUGAUUUUUACCAGUCCAAUUACACCAUCGAUGACCAAGAAGAAGGUUACAACAGUUAUGGGUCUAGUGACAACCUUAGUGCAAGAAGAAAGUGCCAGAUAGGAGACCAACCUCCAGCCAAUGCUUUUGUCCCUUCGGAAAUGCUUCUGCCCUCUCAGAGUUAUACGGGUCAGAUUUUACAGCCAACAUACAGUCCCAACACACUCUCUCACUUUAGCUACACUGAUGGUUUUGAUGAGGAACCUCCUUUGCUAGAAGAACUUGGGAUUAAUUUUGAGCAUAUAUGGCAAAAAACCUUAACAGUUCUAAAUCCAAUGAAACCUGCAGAUGGCAGCAUUAUGAAUGAGACGGACCUCACAGGACCUAUGGUUUUCUGUUUGGCCCUUGGAGCAACGUUGCUGCUGGCAGGAAAAGUUCACUUUGGCUAUGUGUAUGGUGUGAGUGCCAUUGGGUGCCUUGCUAUACAUGCACUACUGAACCUGAUGAGCACCUCUGGGGUCUCACAUGGCUGUGUUGCAAGUGUUUUGGGAUACUGCCUGCUACCCAUGGUGAUUCUGUCCACUUCUGCAGUUGUCUUCUCACUACAAGGGAUCCCGGGAACUUUGUUAGCCCUGUUUAUUAUUGGAUGGUGCAGUUUGUCAGCGUCCAAAAUUUUUACCUCUGCCUUGGCCAUGGAAGGACAGCAGCUUCUUAUUGCAUACCCAUGUGCUUUACUGUAUGGACUCUUUGCACUUCUGGCGGUUUUCUGAAGUGUAUUUUCUGAUAGCCUUAUUACAGUUUGUUUAUGGUUUUUGGAGGGGUAAGAGGUUAUUUAGUUAUUUUUAGAUUGACUAGAAUUGCAUUAAGUUCCAUUAACAAAAUUAGAUUAUACAACUUACCUUUUUUUUUUUUUUACCUAAUGGCUUGUAAUAAAAUAAUAAUAAAAUACAAGUAACAGGUAGAUGUCUACAUUGCUGAUGUUUUGAAAAUCUUAUAGCAUAGAGAAAAACGUGUACUAAGAGCAAAAAAAUAAAUAAAUGUUAAUUUUUAAGAAUAUAUUGUCUUCUGAGUGUUUAAUAUAUCUAAUGCAUUGAGCAGAGAGUAACUGGAAGCAAAAAUCCAAAUAUGUAAUGGACCUAGUAAAUCAAGUGAAAAUACACAUUUGUUUCACAAAGAAAAAAAAAAGAGAGAAAAAACAGCGUAUAUGAUUACUAAUAAUGUUACUGAAUUUAUGUGUUUUUUAUUAUUAUUUUUAACAGAAGAGUGAGUGGCACUGCUUUGUGAUGUUGAAGGAUUGUCCAAGCAACAGGAAGAACAGGUUGCUACAACAGAGGAAGGAAACUAGGAAUGUCAUCUUGUUUUAUUUUUAAGAGGUGUUGCUGUCCAAAACAUUAUUGUACUGUUUUUAAUGUACAGUAAUGUUACAUUUUAGAAUUGCCACUAAACCACCGCCUUCUGUCACUGCAGAAAAGCACCGCACAAAGCAAAUGCAGCUCUUAAAAAUGUCUCAUGAAAGGCAGAACUGUAUUUAAGCAAGCAAAAUACAAACCUCCACAAUGUUAUCUGCCCCCCCCCCCCUUCUUCCCCCCCUUUUUCCCCCGAUCUAUUUGCUGCUUUUAGUGAUACUGGAACCCAACAUUUUUAUAAUAGCAAUCAAGCACAGAAUGCACAGGAUGAUGUUUCAAAAUAUAAUAGUAGAAGUAUCAAGCCAUCCAGAGGAAACAGAGAUGCAAGUGCAGUCAUAACAAGUGCAAAAUCCAGCAGGCGGUGGUAGAGAAAAUGAAUAUAGCUGUAGAAAGGGCUAGGGAAAAGAAAUAGAUGAAAUAAAGGGAAGUAUGAAGGAAAUAAAUGGCAGCAGAUUAUU